AUGCUCCUCGCCAAGCUGUCCCUGGCCCUGACCUUUGCCAGCCUCGCCACCGCAGCUGCCAUCCCAAUGGCGCCCGGGGUCCUUCAGAAAAUCGAGCCCAAAGAGGCCGCAGAGUGGUUGUCACCUCGGGACGCGUUAUGGGCGCCGGCCGCCCGAUCAGCCUCUUCGGACGAAGACGGCCGCCUGAAUAAACGGAUGCCCUACUAUUUCCCCGAGACCGUGCCUGACGCCGACGAAAUCGCCGACCGGUUGACCGCGAUGCGCGAAGCUGGCCUCGUUACCAGCGAGCAGCGUGACCAGUACCAUAACUCAAUCGGCACUCCGGAUGCAGGGAUCGACACUCGUGCACGGACAAUGCCCAAUCGGGACUUGAUGUCCGAAUUAGACCGUUUGGAAGCAGCAGAGUCCGUCUGGGAAAUGCUGCCCUCUCUACUGCCGCCGAUGAGGUUCUUUGUGGUCGCUAGCAUGACCAUCGCCAUCUUCACCGUGAUCAGGGGCUGCCUACGCGCGCGCCACUGA